AUGAAGAUCGAAGGCCAUGAUGAUGAAGUGGUGGAAGAAACACAACCCAGUCAUGUCUCAACUCUGACUUUUGGUACAAUACAAAUGGUCUCUAGUACAAAAAUUUCUGGGCCAACUGUGACGUCGAAAAAAUCGAUAGUUCAGCCAGAAUUCAUGUUGUUAGACCAAGAAGCAAACGGUUCAGAUAACCAGCCAAUGGAGAUCGAACCGAAAUCAGACAAGCAAUCUCCACAGUUACCAGUCAUGCCAGUUAACAUGGUGUACCUUCUCUCAGCCUCUUACAGGCCACAAGAAGGUCAGUGA